AUGACAUCAGCUACCAUUACCACCACUUCUACUUCUACUACUUCUACUACCCCUACCCCUACUACUACUACAACUACUACUCUUGGAUCGGGUCGUGAUGCUGUAUUAAACCAUCGUCUUGACUCAAUGUCUCUUGAAGAACCUAUGGCGAAGAGCAACAACAAUCAAGGUGACAUGAUGCACUUACGUUUGAAUCGAUUGGAACUUGAACAUGCGUAUCUUGCUGAGCAAAACGCACAUCUCGUCAAAGAACUCUCAUUUGCUCGAUGCACCAUCAACGCGCUACGCAACAUCACUCAUCAAAAGGAAACGAAUCUUGAUGCUGCCAGACAGGAGCUGGAUCGCGCUUACUUUCGUAUUCGCAUGCUGAGCAUGACGUUGGCCAGACAAGAACAACGAUUAAGGGAGCAGCAGGCUGCUAUGGAAACAAGAAUACCAUCACCGUCAUCAUCAUCAUCGUCAGCAGUAGCAGCAGGUCCUGUUGCUGUAUUACAAUCAUCACCACAUUACCAUUAUGGGCAGUUGCAAACAACCUUAUGCAAUCAACUUGGACCACAACAACAGCAACAUGGAUACAAUGAGUAUCAGGAAGAGAAACAACAACAACAGCCAAUGGAUCAUUAUGGCAAACAUGGGGGAGGACAAGGACAACAAUUGACACCACCCGAAUCGCCACGUAGUGUAGUAGAUGAUGAAGAAGAACGAAGCCAAGAAGAGUACAUGUGCGAUACUGUGUCACAUCAACCACCCGUCAAUGUAAUGAUGUUGCCAGGCAACUUUGAAUAA